CCCUCGCCCUUUGUCUACAUGCAAAAUUUCAUCUUAUUUUAUUUCCCCAAAAAUCGAAAUGAUAAAUAACGACGGUUGUUGCCCUCAGAAAGAUAAGAAGACGGUGACACACGGCGGCGGAAAUUACAAGACGACGCCGUUUCACGCAAAUUCCCUGACGGCGCGUGAGAUGGAAUCGCUGUGGGCCAUCUGCGACACCUUGAUACCAUCCAUCAACGGCUCGGAAGUGUGCCACGUGGACGACCAUGUCGCCGGCUUCUUUGCCGCCUCGGCUUCUCAGAUGGGAACUCCCGACCGCGUGGCGAGGAAAAUAAGCGGGACACUUGACCACCCAAAGAAGUGGCUAUUAAGAGCAGCACUCUGGUUGCUGUCCACUCACAUCGGAAGUCUCGUCUUAUGUGGUCGGAAAAGCUUUUCCGGCGAGUUUCCGUACUGCCGGAGAUUCUGCCGGUUGCCGCAGAAGCAGAGAGAAGAGAUUAUGCUCUCAUGGGCUUCGAGCUUUUUCUCUCUCCUCAGAAUGUUCUUCAAGGCCAUGAAACUCAUCACGGCCCUCGUCUUCUUCACUCAGGUGGAUGAAAAAGGCAAGAACUUGGCAUGGGAGGCAAUAAGAUACACAGGACCGAUCUCAGAUUCAGAAGACAGCGACCAAGAGGAUCAGACGAUACACAGAGAGCAUCAAGAGAAGACGAAGAAGGAGCCUGAACAGAUCUUCGGACCAAUCUACAAUGGCAUUGUCGAUCUCAUGAACCCUAGAGAAGUUGUCAUAGAAACACUAAACCGCCAUGGAUUCCAAGUUUCGACUCGAACGGGAAAGAACAGUCAUGGAAGAGAUCGUCGACCCGGGUCUUCAAUUUCCGACCCGGUCAUGAAAAUCCGGUGCGAUGCGGUGGUGGUUGGGUCGGGAUCCGGUGGAGGAGUGGUGGCCGGAGUUCUUGCGAAAGCCGGUUACAAAGUGUUGGUGUUGGAGAAAGGGAAUUACUAUGCGAGAAACAAUCUUUCUUUGCUCGAGGGGCAAGCAAUGGAGCAGAUGUACUUAUCCAGCGGGUUAGUGGCCACGGCCGACAUGAACACCGUGAUCCUCGCUGGCUCUUCGGUCGGAGGCGGCUCGACGGUGAAUUGGUCAGCCUCGAUCCGAACACCGGAAAAUGUGAUCAAGGAAUGGUCGGAGAAGUGUGGGCUUAAACUGUUUGAGAGUGGAUUUUACAGAGAGGCAAUGGAUGUAGUAUGUGAAAGAAUGGGUGUUCAAAGUGGAUUUGUGGAAGAAGGGUUUAACAAUGAGAUCUUGAGGAAGGGUUGUGAAGCACUAGGGUUUCCGGUGAAGUCGAUUCCAAGAAAUUCUUUGGCCGACCAUUACUGCGGGUUCUGUUGCUUCGGAUGCAAGAAAGGUCGGAAGAAGGGAACCGCCGAGACUUGGCUCGUAGAUUUGGUCGAUUCGGGCAACGGUGUGAUCCUUCCCGGCUGUGAAGCACUUCAAGUCUUACAAAGGCGAGAGCGAGGGAAGAAGACAGCGGCUGGAGUUGCAUUUCUCUUCGAGAAUAUUGACGAGGCGAGAAAAGAGAUUUACGUUGUGGAAUCGAAAGUGACGAUCGUCGCUUGCGGGGCACUUAGAACGCCUAUCUUGUUAAGAAACAGCGGAUUGAAGAACCCUAACAUCGGAAGAAACCUUUGUCUACAUCCCGUAGCGAUGGCAUGGGGAUGGUUCCCGGAAGAGAAGUGGCCGGGGAAGGGGAAGAAGAGCUACGAGGGAGGGAUUAUGACGACAAUGUCUACAGUCUCAGCUGAUGCCGAAGUAGAAUCGCCAAAUUCUUACGGCACGACGAUCAUUCAAACCCCGGCCCUUCAUCCCGGGAUGUUCUCCGGUAUCAUUCCGUGGACCUCAGGCAAAGAUUACAAGAACCGCAUGCUAAAGUUCUCAAGAACUGCCCAUGUUUUCGCGCUUACGAGAGACAAAGGUUCGGGGGAAAUCCGAUCCCUGAAUUCCAUCACCUAUACCCUAAACGGAACAGACGAAGAGAAUCUAAAGAAGGGUAUAGAGAGAAUCUUGAGGAUUCUUACAGCGGCAGGGGCUGAAGAGAUCGGGACGCACAACUUGGAAGGGAAGAGCUUGAAUGUGAAGGCGGCAAGCUCAGAAGAGUACGAGAGGUUCGUGAGAGAGGAGAGUUCGAAGCCGUUGAAGGGGUUGUCAGGGCAGAUAUGUUCGGCUCACCAAAUGGGGAGUUGCCGGAUGGGAGUUGCGGCCGAGAAAUCUGCGGUGAGGCCGACGGGGGAGACGUGGGAGGUCGAGGGCCUAUUCGUGGCGGACACCAGUGUUUUUCCGACAGCUUUGGGGGUGAAUCCUAUGGUCACUAACAAAUGAAGAAAACACAAUCAAAACCUGUUCCGUAGAAACCGAGUCUUUCGAUGUCCUCAUCACGGUAGCCGCGAAACACUGAAACUGUGUUAAGAACAACGAAAGAUCAGAACGAAACGACCGUUCCUGCAGUUAGUCGGAUCCUGUCUGAAUGUCAACACAAAGCCAUAUAAUAUAUAGAUAAGCUUCACAAUAUCAUAUCUGUUGUGAUAAAAAAAAAAAAGGUGUCAACUAUUUCACACGAAAGCCAAACCAUCAAUCUCUCACCAGAGUCAAAUAGUGUAUCUGGGAAUUAUUUAAGCAUCAGGGUCAGAUAAAGAGUUGU